AUGUCCAGCAGCCGUUCUGGUUACCAACCUCUCGCGCAGACCAUAGAUGAGGAGGAAGCCGACGUCGCAGAGGGCUUCCAGAAUGAGCAGCCAGCACGCGGUUCGCGUAACAGCCGAGCCAGCAUCGACCUCACGAAACUGGACAACGCAUUCAAGAGAUGGACCGAGAACAUUGCUCAAAAGGUUAAGCGAAAGAAGAAGGCUCCGGACGUUAACUCGAAAAGGGACAUUUGGCGCAGUGUCUUCGACCCCCCUCACAUUGGCAAUGCGCAACCACUAGGACCUCUGAAAACCUUGGACCACUCGAGUCCAAUGACACAAGAGGAGUUCGAUGCUGUCGUGCAGUCCGUCAAGCAAGCAAUAUCAGAGGGCAUACACCCUAAGAUGAUCACCAAGGGCUCAUCGGGGUCAUACUUCGCUCGAUCAAAGAGUGACACUGGACGCGUACAGACGGUAGCAGUGUUCAAGCCCAAAGACGAGGAACCGUAUGGACGUCUCAAUCCGAAGACCACGAAAUGGCUGCACCGUCAGCUCCGCUGGAUAAUCCCUUUUGGUCGUGCUUGCUUGAUACCCAAUUUAAGCUACAUCUCCGAGGCAGCAGCCUCCCUAUUGGAUACCCGUUUGGACCUCCACAUAGUACCCCCUACGCAACUCGUAUCCCUGUCAAGUCCGGCGUUCUUCUACGACUGGAUAGACAGGAAUGGAGCGAAAAAGGGGAAGCCCCUUCCAGACAAGAUUGGGAGUAUGCAGUAUUUCUUACAUGGAUUUCAGGACGCGUCUGACUUCCUGCGAAAGCACCCUUGGCCUGGUCGGGCAAUAUCUGACACAUUCGACGACUCAACGCAUCGCCAGGGCGGCGUUUCCAAACGAUUCUUCAGCGCUUUGAAGGUAAUCUGUGGCAGGACAGGCGACUCAGAGGAUGUUUUCGACGAUCCAGAAUAUGAAGACGAGCAGAUAUUAUUUGAUGAAGCGGAGGAAACUGAUCCAAACAGGCCAUUUUAUUGGAGUCCUACGUUACAACAAAGCUUUAGAGAGGAAUUAGAAAAGUACGUCGACUAUCUUAUGCUGAACACGGACAGAGGGGCCGAUAAUUACAUGAUCAAGUAUUGCGAAGGGGUCCACGAGAAAAACCCGGUUGUCGACGUCGCGCCGACUCGCAACACUCAGGCAGAGAUGCCUCUAAUGAGCGAACUCCGGAAGACAGAGCCCCGUCUUGAACCAAUGGCAGGCCCUUCCUCAUUCCGUGCUGGUACACCUAUGCUGGAUUACACCCGUCGUCCACAUAUACACAUAGCUGCGAUCGACAACUCCCUCUCCUUCCCCCACGAGCAUCCGCAAGGAUGGCGGUCGUACACGUACGGUUGGCUGUAUCUCCCAGUCAGUAUCAUCGGUAGACCUUUUAGCGAACACACGCGCAACCACUUCUUGCCGCUUCUGACUUCCAAGGCAUGGUGGGAAGAGACUACUUUCCAGCUCCGGAAGUUAUUCGCUGUUGACCCAGAUUUCCACCCCAAGAUGUUUGCUGCAAGUCAAGCUUGGAACAUCGUACAGUCAUUACGCCACACCGAUGAAGGUCCUCUAGAACUUACUCGACGGCAGAAGGUACUGGUUUGGGACGAUGAGAUGGAAGUUCCGGAAGAAGCACUACAGGAAACCGUCGACGAACCGCCUUCUUCCCCCAAGCUCUCUAUCAACAGUGUCCCUCUGCCCCGCCGGAAACGAAGCCGUAGUUCCAGUAGCGAAUUCCCGCCUCCAAUACGCCGUACAUCCACAGAUGCCACCGGCGCGCCUCGACCCGUUCCAUUCGCCGCUAAAUUCCAACGCAUACAUCCCGGUACCACCGGCGUCACGGUUCUGGAGCAUCUGGAGCGCUUGGAUGCUGUGGAAGCCAGUUUACAGCGACUAGGCGUGGACGACGAUGAAUUCGAGGAAGUCGAUGUUGGGGAAUCAUCGCAGCCCGUACCGAUUCCUUCAAGUGCCCCAGCGACAUCAACUUCGUAUCUAGCAACAUCCCCUUUCUCGCCGCCUGGUAGUCCACCUACCCUGGGUCACGAACCGCUGCCGACUGUGCAUGAAGUGGAAUCUAUGGCUAGCUCGAUGACGGAGGAAGAUCUGGUAACGAUGACGAAGUCUACGACCUUCGUUGAGACGUCGACGCCCCGGCAUAUGAGGUGGUCCAGCCAGGCAGCGAGGAGCAUAGAUUGGAUGCAGCCGUCCGAUCAAUUACCCAAACGAACGGUCAUUGUGGAACGCCUGGAAACGGUCAGCAUCAAGCCGUUAUGCUCAUGUUGGUAG